AUGGGAGCACGAAGCAGUCGGAUGCCAUGGCACUCGGGGGAGCGUGGCCCAGAGGAGCCAGGUGCCACUGGGGAGGAGGAGGAGGCUGAGGAGGCAGUAGUGGCAGAAAGAGAGGAAGGGAAGGAGAGCAAAGAGGCCAGACCCGCCAACAGUCAGGGGAGCCACAAGCGGAAGACAGGCCCCGGUGGGCCGCUCAGAAAAGUGUCCCGCCGGAAACAUGCUAAAGAUAGUUCAGGGUCCGUUUAUGAGGCACUCUUCCUGAGAGGAGAAGAGAGUGACGUGCGGAUCCGCGCACUGGGGGAGGAGUGGAACUUGCAUAGAGCCUACUUGUGCCAGUCAGGGUAUUUUGCUAGCAUGUUUAGUGGUGCUUGGCGAGAGACAACCAUGGAUACUAUAGAGUUGCAGAUGCCUGAUGAGAACAUUGAUCGUGAGGCACUGCACGAGGCUUUAGGUUCCCUGUACCGCGACUCCGUGCUCAUCCCAGCCGGUCGGGUCGUCGCCAUCCUGGCCACAGCCAGCAUGCUGCAGCUGGACGAACUGAUUCAGCAAUGCGGGGAGGUCAUGAAAGAGACUGUCACUGCCCAGACCGUGUGCAGCUACUACUACUCUGCUGAAAGCUACGGACUCCAGAACAUCAGGAGUAGGUGUCUUCAGUGGCUGCUGGACAACAUGAUGACCCAGCGUAGUGACGAGCUAUUGCGAGAAGUCAGCCUGGAUCUCAUGAAAGAGGUCAUUGCCUCUUCAGAUCUCUUGGUGAUGGAGGUGGAGAUGGACGUGUACACCAUGCUGAAAAAGUGGAUGUUCUUAAAGCUGCAGCCGACACGGAGUGGCCCGCGCACUGCCCUCUUGUCUGACACCAACUCGUGGUUUGCCAGGAGGGAGUCGGAGGGCACCCCUUUCCUGGAGACCGAGCAGGGCAGAGCCUUCGUGCCGGUGUUCCAGCAGCUGCGGCUUGCCUACAUAAUCUGGGACCUGACGUCAGCACGCGUCAUCCAUCAGGAUGCACUGAUCCCUGCCACUUGGCUGACUCCAGUGUACAAAGAGCAUUGGCUUGCCCCCCUCCGGGCUAAGCAGACCAGAAAACUCUGGCCCAUGGACAUCUACGUGUCCGACCCCCACGGGAACAGCAUGCGGUGCGGGGGCCAGCUCCACAGGGACAAGCAGUGCAGCUGGCGCUGGGAAGGCUUCAACUUCACCUGGGACUUGGUUGUGUAUUAUGCCAACCAGCACAUCAUUUUACGGUGCAGCACACUGAACGAGUCCUGUAGCCUCGGGGUCAGCUUACACUGGCAGAGAAAGGUCACGUUCCGCCUACGUCUGUGCUCCUUGGAAAGGGCUGGGAGGGCCGUUUUCAGGAAGGACACAGGAUACCAGAUGCUUUCCCUGAGAAAGGAUCAAGAGCUAGAGGUAGUGAACCUGGAAAACCAAGACGUGCUUUUCCCCAUAUAUGUGUCUUGUAACUUCCUUUUUCUCCACCAAGAGGGGCUUUGCCCAAAGGCAGGACGCCUGCAAAAAAGCUUAGAGAACUGA